UAUAGUAAACAUUUUUGAGAAUUUUUUUUUGUUUUAUUUUUGUUUAAUUUCAUUUAUUAUUUUUAAUUUUGUUGAUUUUUUUAAUAUUUUUUUGUUAAUUUCCAAUUUUUUUGAUGGUUACCCUUCCUUUGCUGUUCAAGCGUUCUUUGCAUACGACUGUGGUUAGAGGUCGUGGUGCUAUAGCUCAUCCAGGAUGGUAUCCUAGAUCACAUGCCUGGUAAUUAUCCAAAAACAGACGAAGAACGUCGUGCUGCUGCUAUUAGAUAUGGACUUAGACCUGAAGAUUACACUCCCUAUCCUCCUGACGAUGUAAAAAAUCAUGUUGGAGAUUAUCCAAAUCCUGGAAUUGUUACUGCUGAACAUAGAGAUCCAUACGACUAUUAUAGCGAUUUUCAUCAACGUCGUAAUUGGAAUGAACCUGUAAUGAGACAAGCAAUGCGUUUUCGUGUUGAACGGUGUACUUUUACUGGCUUGAAGGACGACGAUUAUUUACUUAUGCGUACAAUUUCUCUUUUGGCACAGCUUCUAGUGCCUAUCUUUGUUUUUUAUAUAGUAGUGCUUUAUAAUGGUGAAACUUUGCGUAAAGUGCGGGAUUUUUGUGUUGUCCGUUGGUAUAAUGCGAAGUUUCCAAAGCAAUAUCCCUACGACUUUUUACGUGCAUUUCCUCACCAAGAUCCUCGAGAUUAUCCAAUUUUGAAUUAUUCUUUUGAACCUGCUGAAGAAGGUAAAAAUAAUGCUGAGGAAGAUAAUGCUCGCCAUCCUUUUAAUGAAAGUAGCCGUUGAAAAAAGGAGAGAGGGUUGUUGAAUAGAAAUUAGAAAGUUGAUUUAAAAAAAAUAUUUUUUUGUGGAUUAAAUAGGGCAGGGAUGGGUCGGGCUGACUGAGAAAAAUGCCGGGUAUCGGAUCGGUCUGAUGUGAGAAAAUUUUCUUUGGAUCGGGUUUCGGGUUGGCAUUUGCAGAAUCCUAUCAGGAUUGGGUUUUAAAAUUUCGAACAGGACAGGAUCCUGCAGGAUUAAUCCUGAAAUCCUGCAAGAUUAAUUCUGAAAAUCCUGAAAACUUAAAAAAGGCAGGAUUUCGGACAGGAUCCUGUAAAAUCCUGUGCGGGGUCCUGUGCCGAUCAUGGACGGGGAGGGGUUGGUGCCGAUCUCUAUUGUUAACAAUUUUCUUUGGACCGGGUUUUCGUUCGGGAAAAAAGGCCGGGUUUCGGAUGACUCCGACCCAUCCUUGUUAUAGGGAAAAUUUAUUGAGGUGUGUUGUUUAGUAUUUUUGUAUGUAAAAAAUAAAAAAUAAAUUUUU